UCUGAUAUCUGUUAAAAUAAACUUUAAGCUUAAAAUCUAUAAAAGACUCAUCUAGACUAAGUUUAAAUUUAGUAUUUAACGAAUUUUAAUACGAAAAAGACUCACAAAGUAUAUAAUGAAAUUAUUUGUAAUAAUUGCCACAGUUGUGGCUUGUGCAUGUGCAGCCCCAACAGUGGAAUUACAGCAUCCCAGCCCAGUUAAUCCUAGUGUCUUAGUGGAAUUAAAACCGGAAGAGAAAAUUAUAUUAAUUACGGAUCCCAAAGAAAUUGCUAAAUUUAAAAGAGAAACUAAACAACCUUUAUAUCCAACUGUAUUACCCGGAGAACAUGUUCAUCAUAUUACAAAACGUGAUCAUAAGCAAGGACAUGAUGCCAAAGCUCCAAAAACCCCUAAAGCUCCCACAGUUGCCCAGAAGCCUCUACAGAAACCACAAGCUCCAAAUAAACCAAGUUUAACUAAACGUAAUCGUAGAAAUGUUGAAUCACACCAAAAGCCUGAACAUGUUAACCUAGAAGAAUUCCAAAAAUCACAACUUUUGCCAGCCGCUUUACCAGCAGAUGUUAUUAGCCAUGAAACACUCGAAUCUAAAAAUAAUCGUCGAGAUGAAAUUACAAAAACUGACAACGACAAUAAAGAAACUCAUCAAGACAAAGAAGAUGUGAAAAAUGUUACAACUGAAGUCUACCAGAAACCUCAAGGUCUACCAGCCAUAUUUUCUCCAUCAAAUAAAGCUACACAACAACAGAAGCGUGAUAUCCCUGUACCUUUAGUAGCAAAACAUCACCAUCCUGAAGAAUCUCCAAAAGAGACGACCACAGAAAAAGAAGUCAUUGAAGAAAAACCAAAACAUGAAAGUGAAGUAUUUCAAAAACCUCAAGGAUUGCCAGCAAUUUUUUCACCAUCAAAUGAUGCUCCACAGCCACAGAAACGUGAUAUCCCAGUGCCUCUAGUUCCCAAGCACCAUCAUCCAGAAGAAUCUCAAAAAAGUAUCGAUGAAAAGGAAACUCACGAAGAUAAGAAAGAAGUCAGUUCUGAAGAUCAUCAUGAGCAUCAAAACUUGCCAUCUCCCAUACAGGAUCAUGUUACCGUAGAAGGAUUUGUAAAACCCCAAACACUUCCAUUCAUUUUUCAAGAAACUCCUAAAGACAUACAACAACACAAACGUGAUAUUCCAGUGCCUUUAGUUCCUAAGCACCAACAUCCUGAAGAAUCUCCAAAAGAGAUCGAUGAAAAGGAAACUCACAAACAUAAGAAUGAAGUAAAUUCUGAUCAUGUUACUGUAGAAGGAUUCGUAAAACCCCAAACACUUCCAUUCAUUUUUCAAGAAACUCCUAAAGACACCCAACAACAAAAACGUGAUAUUCCAGUGCCUUUAGUUCCUAAGCACCAACAUCCUGAAGAAUCUCCAAAAGAGAGCAAUGAAAAGGAAUCACAUGAAGAUAAGAAAGUAGACAAUACUGAAGAUCAUCAUGAACAUCAAACAUUGCAAGCUCACAUUCAGGAUGAUGUUUCAAUUCCAAUUUUUUUUAAAGAAUCUCCUGAAGACAGUCAACAAAACAAACGUGAUAUUCCAGUGCCUUUAGUUUCUAAUCACCAACAUCCUGAAGAAUCUCCAAAAGAGAGCAAAGAAAAGGAAUCACAUGAACAAAAGAAUGAAGAUAAUUCUGAAAAUCACCAUGAGCCUCAAACAUUGUCAUCUCAUAAUCAACAACAUAUUUCUAUAGAAGAAAAACCCAAAACACUACCAUUGAUUUUGAAAGAUACUCCUGAAGAUAAACGUGAUAUUCCAGUUCCUUUAGCUGCUAAGCAUCAUCAUCCUGAAGAAUCUCAGAAAGAAAACAACGGAAAAGUAGAUCAGGAAGAUAAGAAAGAAGUCAAUACUGGAAACCACCAUGUGUGUCAAACAUUGCCAGCUCACAAUCACGAUCAUGUUACCGCAGAAGAAAUUCAAAAACCCCAAACGUUACAAUUAAUUGUAAAAGAAACUCCUGAAGACACACAACAACAUAAACGUGAUAUUCCAGUGCCAUUAGUUCCUAAGUACCAUCACCCUGAAGAAUCUCCAAAAGACAGCAACGAAAAUGAAUCCCACAAAGCCAAGAAUGAAGAAAAUUUAGAAAAUCACCAAAUACCUCAAACAUUGCAAUUAAAGGAGCCUCAAUUUUCUACAAAUAUUGAGAACGUUAAAAGGGAUGAUACCCAACAACAAAAACGUGAUACUUCGGUACAUAAAGAGGAAUCUGUAAAAGACAAUAGUAACGAAAAGGAACUGCAUGAACAGAGGAAAGAAGAAAAUCAGCAUGAUCCACAAAUCCAUCAUAUAUCUCAAACAUUGUCAACUUACAACCAUGAACAUUUAAAUAUACAAGGAAUCCAUAAACCUCAAGUUUUGCCAGCUUUUAAUCAUGAUCACAUCUCGCAAUCAAGUUUUGACAAAUCUGAAAUUUCAUCCAACCUACAGGACCAUAAAAAUAACGAAAAGGUCGAAGGUAAUAUUCAAUUACAUCACAUAUCUCAAACAUUACCAGGACAUAUUCAUAAACAUCUUGCCAUGGAUGGAUUGCAAAAACCUCAAAUUCUACCAGGCCAUAAUCAGGAGCACACAAGUUUUCAUAAGCCCCAAGAUUUGCCAAACCAUCAUUACGAGCAAUUUCACUCAGAAGGUGUACAAAAACCACAAACUACACCGGAAGUUUUAAAGGAGUCAAACGAUUACACACACCAUCAGGGGCCACAUCUUUCAGGGCCAAUUGUGGGUCAUCACCAAGAAGAAACACUAAAAGAAUCUAGUGAAAACAGAAAUGUAAAGAAAAGUACUGAAUAUAACCCCAAUUUACAUGAAGUACAGGUGGAAGAUCUAUCGGAAUCUAAACCAUACCAGCAACCCAUCCAUCAUGCACUCCCAAUUCAGGGUGAUCACAAGCCAAAUAUCCGUGAAGAUCAUUUAAGUGCUCCAGAUUUUACAACAUCUACUACAGAUCAUCCCGUUCUAAGACACCGACCAGUACCAGUUGCAGAACUUUUUGCCAGAGCUCAUGAUAAUUAAAAGGUAAACGAAGAACUGGUUUAAUAAUUCCCAAAUACAAUAUAUUGAUUGUGCUAAUUGGUAAACUUCAUGAUAUAAAUUGUUUUAUUUGUGUGUUAAAAUCAAUCAUAUUUCAUUAUAAUGCAAGUUAAUAAAAUAUUUUUGUAAAUUAUGUUUAUAUAUUUAGGUUAAUUAAUAUAUUACAACCGAUAUGAAUAAAUUAUGUUUCUAAUACAAAAUAA